AUGUCAGCGCUUGAGAAGUUCCAGGAGGAGAUAGGUCGAUUACGAGCCGACGCUGUCAAGGAUACAUUACAGCGCGCCGGCGGUCUCUCUGAGAAGAGGCCCGACACCAAGAGUUUGCCCUUAAAGGCGAAGAAGGCUGACACUGCCGCCAAUGGCAAGGGUCAUACCAGAGAGAAAUCGGGCGACGCCAAAUCUGGCUCUCCCAUUAAGCACAAGAGGGCGGAUGCGUCUCAUGUGGCACCCGGCUCGGUGAAGGACGCCGAGGACAAUGAUGCAGCUACCGAACCAGCAGCCCCAACUGAGCUCACAGGAGACCCUGAUGCCGGAUUGGACAUUGAGUUUGAGAUACAAAUCCAACUACUGGCGGGCACCGAUGAAGGCUUUGCCAAAGCGAAAGAUCUUCUAACUAUACUCCUGACACGGCGACGCGGGGAGUUCUUGAUACGAAUAGGUGCUCAUCCAUCCGCAGACAAGCUCUUUACCAACUCCGAGCUUACUGGGGAGGAGGGGUGGAAUGGUAUUCAACGGACUGAGGCGGAGCUUGCGACUCUGAAAGAGUCAUUACGACGCGCAGUGGAAGAGAUUGGUGGGAAGGUCUCUGUACUUUUCGAAACCGGAGGAGAGCAGCCGCGCGCAUGUAUACUGUGUCGACUACCACCUGCAGACGUUUCGUCCACUGCUGAGGUUCGAUGCGCCAUCGUAGGAAAUGUUGACUCCGGCAAGUCAACAACAUUGGGUGUCCUUACUCGUGGUGGGCUCGAUGACGGCCGUGGGCUUGCGCGUGUAGUCCUGUUCCGCCACAAACACGAGAUUGAGACCGGUCGCACGUCCAGCGUCGGAAUGGAGAUCCUUGGCUUCGACACGGAAAGCAAACCCGUGCUACCAGUACAGAGCGGAUCGAAAGACCCAGACGUACUUCGCCGCGAGAAGCUCGGCUGGGAAGAGAUCUCUGCUAGAUCGGCCAAGAUCAUCACCUUCAUCGACCUCGCCGGACACGAGCGAUAUCUGAAGACUACCCUGUACGGUCUGACCUCCGGUGCACCAUCAUGCGUGAUACUCAUGGUUGGCGCAAAUGCUGGUAUCAUCGGCAUGUCUAAGGAGCAUCUGGCAAUAUCACUUGCUUUGAACGUUCCGGUCGCUGUAUGCAUAACGAAGAUCGACAUGACUCCGCCACAGAAGUUGCAGGAGACCGUUGAGCAAGUCGACAAGAUCCUGAUGAGCAGGGGAUGCCGUAAGACACCAGUACGAAUAACAUCGCAUGAAGUCGCCAUCAAAGCGGCGCAGGUGGUGACGAAAGAGCGAAUAGCUCCCAUAUUCCAAAUUUCGAACGUAACUGGAUCUGGGCUCGACUACAUGCGGACUUUCCUCAAUCUCCUCCCUUCGAGCGAAGAUGACUCGGAGAAGUUCGAUUCAACAUUGCCGCUCGAGUUCUCCGUCACUGAAGUCUGGUCUGUUCCCUACGUGGGUACCGUGGUCAACGGUAUCCUGAAUAGCGGGCAGAUCAAGGCGGGAGAUCCAGUCCUGCUCGGUCCGGAUGGCAACGGAGAGUACAUCUCCACCGUUGUCAAGAGCAUGCAGCGGAAACGCGCCGAUGUGACGCACGCCGAAGCCGGUCAGACCGUUGCUCUUGCUCUGAAGCGCGUUCGUCGAGCGGCAGUACGCAAGGGAAUGGUCAUCGUACACAAGAUCGAUGCACCUCCACGCGCUGUCAAGCGUUUUGAGGGGCAGGUACUCAUCCUGUACCACAAUACAACUAUGCAAGUCAACUACCAGGCUAUGCUGCACUCCGGAGCUGUACGCCAGACUGUACGCAUAGUGUCCAUUGAUCAUCCACAGGGUCUCUUGCGGACAGGAGAUCGCGCGACUGUCAUAUUCGAGUUCAUCUCUCACCCUGAGUUUGUGAAGAAGGGGAUGAAGCUCUUAUUCCGCGAGGGAAAGACCAAGGGUCUUGGUGUAAUCACGAAUCUGCUCGACGCGUAA